AUGGGCUCCGAAAUGGACACCUUUGCAGCCCGCCUAGCCAGCUUCGACGCUGUGCUCAAACUCGAGAAGCGGAGAUCUUCCUCCGCGAAAGGCUCCAAUGUGAUCGCAUGGCCUCACCAGAGUCCCUCACCAGCCGAGUUGGCGCACGCCGGCUUUUACUACAAACCAUACGAGACGAACCCGGACAACACAACAUGCUUUCAAUGCAAUCGAGCCCUGGACGGCUGGGAAGAAGAAGACAACCCAAUAACAGAACACCUCAAGCACUCUCCAGACUGUGCUUGGGCAAUUAUGAUGGACAUCCAGGAGAGUAGCUCCAACCCCGCCACGAUUGAAGACCCAACAAGCGAGAGGAUCACCCAAGCGCGAAUGGGAACAUUCGGAACGCAGUGGCCGCACGACGGCAAACGCGGCUGGCUCUGUCAAUCAGAUAAGAUGGUCAAGGCUGGAUGGUACUUCUGCCCCAACGAGGAGAGCGAUGACUUGGCUAGCUGCGCUUAUUGUAAGCUGUCGCUAGAUGGAUGGGAGCCCAAAGAUGAUCCUUUUGACGAACACCAUCGCCGCUCCCCUGAUUGCUCCUUCUUUGUAUUUGCAGAGCUCCCUGUAAAGAAGGGUAGAGGUCGGCCCAAGAAAACCCGCACUUCCAAAGCAUCUUCUCGCUUGUCAACUCAAUCCGUGGCCACCGUUGCAUCUGAAGCGCCCGAGGCACCAGAGAUGGAGAUUGAUGAGGCAAUGGACGAGAGCAUGAUCUCACAAGCGACAGUCAAGCCAAAGAGCACAAAGAGGGGACCGAAGGGCAAAGGAAAGAAGACCAAGAACGAAGACACCGAUUUGCAAAACGAAACGGAUGUGGAUAUCGAAGAACCGCCGCAACCGGAGCCAGGGAAACCCAAACGUGCUGGAAGGGGGAAGAAGCGAAUCAGUGAAGAAAUGACCAAAGAUGAGCCCGAGUCUGCUACUGGAGUGGAACCAGAGCCCUCCGUAGAGCCACCUCCAAAGCGCCGCGCUACGCGCACACGCAGCAGCAGUGUUUCUCAAACCUACAAACACGAGACGCAAGACUAUUCGAUGCAAGAUGCCGCUUCCGUGGACGAAGUGCAAGAAGAUGAGCCCAAAAAGGCUCGCAAGGGAUCAAAGAAGGGAGCGCCUAAAGGCAGGAAGGCGUCUGACGUAUCGGUCGUAUCCAAAUCUACAUCCAAAGCUCAUAUGCCACGAGACUCAGAGCUUGAGGCCGAAAUAGAAGCGGGCCUUGAGGCCGAUCACCCCGAACUCAUGGAGCCUGAACCGGAGCCCGAGCUCCAGCCAGAGGUCGAGCCUAAACAUGAACCUGAGCCAGAACUCGAAAAGCCCCGUGCUUCGAAGAAGACCAAGUCUGGCAAAAAGUCGAAGGCAGUGGGCAAGGCAUCUGAACCGCCUCAACAUGAUGUUGCGGACUAUAUGGAUCUGCCUGAAGAGCAGCCAGAAGCCCCAGUGGAGCCGCCUGUCCUUGAGGUAGCAGACGAAGAAGAAGCCCCUGCCCCAAAGACAAAGGCAAGCAAGAGCUCCAAGAAGAAAGGGACAAAGAAAGCUAAAAAGCAAGAGACCGUGGAAGAAGAGGCUCUAGAAGCUGAAGACAAAGUGGGAGAAUCUGAACGGGAUGAGCCUGAGCAUCAUGAUUCAUUUGUCUCUGUGGAAAACAUCCCUCGAGAACCCGAAUCUCAGCCAGAGCCUGAACCGGAGCAGCCGACUGAGAAACCUUCAAAGAAGAAGUCGUCCAAGAAGGAAGACAAGUCCAAGAAGUCAAAGAAGACUAAGAAAGUCGAGGCAUCCCCUCCUCCGCCUGCAGCUCAGCUUCUUGAGGACGAGCUUGGUUUCAACUCUUCACAGAGAGACGAGGAGGAAUUCGGCACUCCAGAUGAUCUGCCAGACCAGAUUCAGUUGAAUCCAUCUCCACGAGCACCAUCCCCAGAGCCACAACAAAUCUACGAGAGGACGCCCGUGCCACCAAAGACAACAAAGCGAUUCAGCGACAUUCCUCAGGAGGAACAUCUGGCGCACUCUCUGGCCGAGUCGCACGGUUCUCGAAGUAUGGAGCAAAGGGAUUCUCGACAAGGCCGAACAUCCAACCGGGCUGUAUCACCGCUGCCAAUUCCUCAUCAGAGCACGCCGUCCCUGUCACCCCAGUCCUCAGAUGCUGAGAAUCGACCUCCUUCGUCGCUUCCUUCAGCCAAACGGCCAGCUAUUGUUUCAUCACCACCCAAGGAGAAGACAAUACGAACUCCACUCGCAGCCAGCACCCCAUCACCUUCUAAACGCAAUUUGAACGCUGGUUUCCCAGCUUCUGCUCAUCCCUGGACUCCUGUGGAUAUUGAGGAGGUGUUGUUUGGGGAAGCGAGCGACAAGGAGAACGCAGACCUCGUCGGCCUUCUUAGCGGGGCCAAGGCAGGUCUGACUAGUCCGGAGAAGAGGAUGUCGGUGGAGGAGUGGAUUAGGUGGAAUGCAAAGAAUGGCGAAGAGCGGUUGAAGCGAGAAUGCGAACGACUUGUCAGUCAGUUCGAGAAGGAAGGCGGCCGGGCUAUGCGGCGGCUCGAGGCCAUCGAGUGUAUCGACUGA